CCUCUUCAUUGUCGUUCACUGGAAUCCAACCUGGAUUUUCACAUCACCCUCAAUCGCUGAUUCCUUCCAUUUCGGAAUUUUGCGCAUUAAAAAACACAUUUCACAUAUCAAAAACUAUUUUUUUUUUUUAAUUUAUUUAUUUUCAAUCUUUUCAGUACCAUCCGAAUAAAUAUUCAGUUACCGAAAAAACAAAAGAAGAAAAUCUCUGGGUUUUAAAGUCCAGAGAGAAACGAUAAGUCGUAUUGGUGUUUUGAUAAAUCCAUCAAAAGAGGGGAAUUUUGGUUUCCAAAAACCUCGUUCCCCUCUCAAAAAAUAAAUAAAUAAAUAACGAUGAUGCAGAAAUUGAGUUUGACGCCUUCUCAUGGAUUUCCUUCAGAGCUUGUUUUUCAGCAAGAAUUGGUCAUGAAGGGUUCUCAACAAUUGAUGCCUUGUCUUGUACCAAAACCUGAAAUUAUUAAAUAUCAGUGUCCUAAUCUGAGGUUAAAUUCGUCUGCAAAAUCAAGGAUGACUCCUAAAGAGUGGUUCAAUUCUAAUCGGUUUGUCAAUGUUGAAUUUUCAGCUCUAAGGCCAAUGGUUAUUGAUGUACAAGCAACUUGUCCAAGCACAGUACUUUCCAGCUUUGGCAUUGUUGAUAAAUAUACUGAGGGUGAUAAAAUUUUGCAUUGCAUCACAUCUGCGACUGCUGAAGCAGGUAUAGGUGGAGUUCGUAAAGAUUUGUUGUCUGACUUGAUGGAUUUGCAAUUGUCAGGCAUUAAUAUGCCUCAAAUGCCAUGGCCACCUCUUAUCUACCCAAAUAGGACAUUCAACAUCUCGAAGCCUUUGCUUGAUAUUUUUCAAGAUUCAGCCCUUAGUUCAAAAAUUACAGUUCAUCCAGAUGGUCAAGUCACAUUUAUGGGUACAGAAAUUGAGAUGAAAGAUUUUCUUGCAGUAAUUGCUGAGUCAUAUUUAUCAGAACACAAACAUAAGGGUGAAAAACAGUCUAUGCUUGUUCCACACUUCAGUAGGCUGAAUAUAAAUGAAGUAGCGGCCAGAAGUCAUACUUCCACAUUGGAAGUUCACUCUACUCUGACUGUUCCUUUAAAAAGUCACGAGAAAGUCAAAGCCAAGCCGUCACAAAAAAAGAACAAGAAAGUAGCCAGGGAGAGGGAUCUCUUCAAGAAGAACUACAUUCAUGCAUGUGAGAGCCUUCUGUUCUUGAUGGCUGAUAAGAGGCAUCAUCGCGAAACGGCAAUUCUUUCACUGAAGAAAUCUGGCCCGGAGCUUCCUGAGCUUCUCACACAAUUUUCUACUGGCAUUGCUGGUACCGGCCUUGCUGUCCUGCUAUCUGUGAUGUGCAAGCUAGCUUGUGGAAGGGUUCCUUUUUGUGCGUCUAAGGUCUUCAGCACGGGUUUGGGUUUUGGGCUUGUUUGGCUUUCUUGGGGAGUAAAUAAACUGAGGGAUACAAUUGUUAACAUAAGCAAGAAUUCUGGAAAGAUGAGAGGAUUGAAAGAUGAGGAAAUGAUUCAAAAGGUUGAUACAAGCCUAAAAGAAGUUUACUUUAGAGCUGCAGCAUUGCUAGUAGUGGCAGUGCUAAGGCUCACUUAAGCAUUGUCUCCGAAGACAUGAUCACACACAAUUUGAAGUGCUGUAAGUGCCACAGGCUCACAAGUAAUCGGUUAAUGCAACAACCGUUGUAUCUGAUUUGUUGGAUGUCGAGCUCUAUGGUUGCUGAAGUGAUAACCAAGCAUAAAGUAAUCUUGGUUUCAAAACAACUGAGGAUGCACAAUCUCAUGGUUGUUUGAUUUGAUCAUCACUAUGGUAUGGUUAUUACUUGUUAAGUAGUUUCAAUAGUCCAAGCAAUGUAAUCAUUUGCUUUGCAUUAUUGUGAUAGAUAAAUUGUAAAGUCUUAGGUAGAAUUUUGCAAUGAAAUGUACCGACUGAUUUAGUGAAAAUGUUAUCAGGUUUUCCCUUUCCUCAUAAGUUAGGU